UUUGCAUUACAACCGAUGAAGAAAAACGUGAGAGACGAGCGGAUAAAUACAGGCACGUACGUCGAAGCUGUGAGUGGACAGAAACUCGAUCAAACUCAUCCCUACUACUCCGGCCGCACCACCAACCGCGCAAGGCAGCGAGCAGAGUCGGAGAUGGACCGAGCCAUGGCGCCCAGCGGAGACACCGUGGCCAACGUCCACAGCGGCACCGACAGCACCAACAAGACGCUGCUCAAGAGCGACGCCCUGUACACCUACAUCCUCGACACCACGGUGUUCCCCCGCGAGCACGAGUGCAUGCGCGACCUGCGCCUUAUCACAGACAGGCACCCCAAGGGUUUCAUGCAGUCGUCUUCCGAUGAGGCGCAGCUACUAGGGAUGCUGGUCAAGAUGGCGGGGGCCAAGAAGACGAUCGAGGUGGGCGUGUUCACGGGGUACUCUCUGCUGGCCACGGCGCUGGCGCUCCCGGAGGACGGCAAGGUGUUGGCCAUCGACACCGACCGGGACUGCUACGAGGUGGGACGCCCCUUCAUCGAGAAGGCCGACGUGGCGCACAAGGUGGACUUCCGCCAGGGCACCGGCCUGGAGCGCUUGGACGAGCUCCUCGCCGAGGAGGACGGCGCCGCGAGCUACGACUUCGCUUUCGUGGACGCGGACAAGCCCAACUACGUGCGCUACCACGAGCAGCUGCUGCGCCUGGUGCGCAUCGGCGGGACCAUCAUCUACGACAACACGCUGUGGGGCGGCACGGUGGCCCUGCCGGCAAGCACGCCCAUGUCCGACCUCGAUACCCGCUUCUCUGCCGCCCUCAGGGACUUCAACGCCAAGCUCGCCGCCGACCCGCGUAUCGAGGUCUGCCAGCUCGCCAUCGCCGACGGCGUCACCAUCUGCCGCCGCCUCAUCUAGACGGACGUUCGUUCGUUCGGUCCGGUGUGAUCUGCGUGCGUCAAUUUCCCUACCGCCGGCCGCUUUAGUAAAUUUGUGUUUUUCCCCGGCCCUGUCCGCGCUGGCUGCUGAAGCAUCUGAUGAGUGGUUGUACUUAUCUACUCUAGUGUUGCGAUAUGCAAUGACGAGCUCGUGCAUGCGGAUGUAAUUGUUACAUUUAUCUCAGUUGGAUUGUUACAUGUGA